GUGGCCUCUGCUCAUUACAAACAAUUGUGUGAAGUGCCUUAGAAACAAAAAAAAGAGAGAGCGACUUUCUUCAUAUAAAAACUGUGUACUUUGCUGUACCGAAUCAGUUGUGCGUACGGUCCUCAAAAUUCAGCCACACCUCUUACAUGUCAGUUGUGAUCAACUGCCGCGCCUACAGCCAUGGUUACGGAACGCCGCUACUCUGUUGAGGCCAAUAAAAAAUUCAAGGGACAAACGAUUGGAUAUCGCCAUCUACAAUGUCUGCUAAUAUUCACUGGAUUCUGUUUGAUUUUCGCGACACGGGUCAAUCUCUCCAUUGCGAUCGUCGCGAUGAUGGACAAUAAGGCGGCAAAUCCCGAUUUUCCCGAGUACGCGUGGUCCGAGCAAACCAAAUCACAUGUACUGAGCAGCUUCUUCUGCGGCUAUGUUUUGCUACAGAUACCGGCUGGGGAGUGGGCGCGUCGUCUCGGUGGUCGCUUUCUGUUGCUGGUCAGUAUCGGUCUCAACAGCAUAUUAACACUGCUAACACCACUCAGCGUGAGCAUAGGUGAUUGGCCGCUGCUGUGUGCGCUCCGCUUCACACAGGGUCUGCUGCAGGGUGUCAUAUUGCCAGCUGUUGCAACGAUUCUCUCCAAAUGGGCGCCGGUCGAAGAACGCAGCGCCUUGCAAACUUUCAUCUAUUCCGGCUUGCAAUUAGGUAUAGUGGUGAUGUUGGGUACAAGUGGUAAGCUCUGCUCAUCGAGCUGGGGUUGGCCUAGCACCUUCUAUUUACCAGGCAUUUUGGGUUUAAUAUGGUCCGCACUUUGGUAUGUAUUUGGUGCGAGUACACCACGUGAUUGUAAGCAUAUUUCGGUGGAGGAACGUGAUAUGAUUGAGAAUUCAUUGGGACAUAACAAAAAGGCAGUUGAAAAAGUUAAUGAAAAGCAUCCGAUACCAUGGAAACGUAUCUUUACAUCGAAACCUUUCCUGGUUAUUCUCUUAAAUUGUUGUGCCAAUGAUUGGUGUUUUUGGACAUUGCUCACACAAAUACCGUCUUAUAUAAAAAGUGUGCUCGGCAAGGAUAUCAACAGUAAUGCAGUAAUCUCAGCGCUGCCAUAUCUAUCGAUGUUUGUCUUAUCGAUGAUACUUUGUCCCUUGGCGAGUUGGUUGGAGAAGACGAAACGUUUGAAGGCAACCGUAAGUCGUAAAGUUUUCAAUACAAUCGGUCUAUGGGGUCCCACCAUCUCACUCAUAUAUUUGGGUUAUUUGCGUCAAGAUCAAGGCGAUCUGGCAAUUGGAUUGUUAACGGUCACCAUUACUAUUAAUACGCAUGUGAAUUUUGGCUUCGCAGUGAAUCAUCUGGACUUGGCGCCAAAUCUGGCUGGUACUCUGCUGGGUAUUGCUAAUUCUGCCUCCAAUAUGAUGGGUAUUAUAGCACCACUAGCUGUUGGGGUCAUUGUCAGUGAUGCGACAAAUAUACAUCAAUGGCGUAUAAUAUUCUAUCUCGCUGGAGGCAUUACUUUUGUUGGUAAUCUCUUCUAUCUGAUUUUCGGCACAGCCAAGGUACAGCGUUGGAAUGAACCACCGCAUGAAGCCAGUCCGGCCGAGCAGCUAGAACAACUUGUCGACAGUUUUGGCAAGCCCAAUAACUCACCUGAAGAACUCGAGGAAAAUAUAGAAAAGCAGGAUGUAGAAAAGAGUGCUGUUUAGUUUACAUUUAGUGGUAGAAUUUUACAUAUAAAAACUAUUUUAUUAAUAAAUAGUUCUUUUGUAAAAAAAAAAAGAUAUUCUAAUUGUCAGACGCUACAUUUGUAUAGCACUGCGAACAUUUGUAAUAUUUUCUGUCCCCUGAUAUUUGAAAAGUAGUAUUUUUGUAACAAUUUUUUUGUAAAUUUUAAAUAAUAAAAGUAAAAAACAGAAAUCUUGAAAUUAUCUCUUCAAGAAAUUUGGCAAAAUAUACAAUA